AUGGAGGGUGAAAAUUCUUUUUCUGGAGCGCGUUUGGUUGAAGGCAAACUCGUUAUCCCAGAAAGCAAAAGGAAAGAUGGAAGCGUGAGGCAAAAAAUACAAGUCAGGCCUGGAUAUGUUGCUCCAGAAGAUACUCCUCGGUACAGACCCGGCGGUGGUGGACUAGCUUUUUUGGAAAAGCAGAUGCGAAAGCUGAAGCUGGAAAACGAAAGCCAGGCUGACAAAAGAAAACAACAGGAGAACGAGACGAAGCCUACGAAAUCUAUGGAUGAAAAAGAAAAGAAAUCUACGGAAAAUGUGGAAGGAACGAUGAAAACUACAGGAAAAGAAUACAUGAAGGCGACAAAAGAACGAAUUCUCCCAAGAGCAACAGAAACAACGGACAAGAAGGAAAUGAGAAACCUUAAACAGACUCCUUUGAAAAAGUCUAGCAGAAACGCGACGCCGGAAUGGCGAAGAUCAGCUCGACCAUUUCACCAGGAAAAUUUUGAGAAGCCUCCGAAACCUAAAGCAGCUGGCAAUCCUCCACGAACUCUAAAAGGGAAAUGGAAACAGAGAAAUGAAGAUUAUUCUUCGGAAAGCGAGUCAGGUUCUCGUCUGACGGGAAAGGAAUGA